CAGCAUGGAGGAAACUGGAUAUUAUUGUGGGGAAUCGGAAAAUUAACUGAAAUUGCCACAAUAUACAUGACUGCACAUUUGUACAAAAUAAUUUAUUUUCACAUAACACUUGAUCUAAAAAUAGAUUUUGUUUUAUGUUCACUUGAAAUAAUUAUAUUGUUCGUUGUCACUGUAACGUAGCCAGAUUCUAUUCUUGCAAUUAUAUUACAAGGCAACAAAAACUAACUCGAUAAAUAAUGCCAAACACUUGAUCACGGCCCAAGAGAGCGUGCUGUUGCCAAGGAACCAUAUAGCAACAGUAGCAGAGGUUUCUUUCAUUCUUUCUUGACUGUGUACAGCAGCUCCUCCCUGACUUCCGAUUUUCCAGCCCUGUCUGUAACGGCCAUUCGCGGGAGAGAAGCGCCAAACUCAAAAUUGGAGAGUUCCGUUCAAAAACAGAGUUAUAGAUGUAUACUAAAUUAAUUAAACAAAAGGACUAAAUGCAUUUUCAUUUUCAAUCAUUUGGAAUAUGAGACAAUCAUGACGGAAACACUUUUCAACAAGAGUUUACAAGUGCAAGUCAAAUGUAAAGAUUGCGAAGACCGGCGUACAAGCGUCCGAGUAAUAAUUGAACUACUACUGACUACAAGUCCGGUGCAUAAAAGGGAUUUAGUUGUACGGUUGACAGACGAUACCGACCCAUAUUUUCUCUACAACCUUGCCAUUUCAGAAGAGGAUUUCCAAAGCUUGAAAGUACAACAGGGUCUACUAGUGGACUUCUCAGCCUUCCCACAGAAGUUUAUAGAUUUGUUAAACCAAUGCAUUUCAGAACAAGACAAGGACUACCCAAGGUUUUUGCUGCAGCUGUCCUCUCCAUCCUCAGUAUUAGACCACAGCCCUGCCAGCCUGAACGUUAUAGAGACCAAUGCAUUUAAACAUCUCACGCACCUGUCUCUCAAGCUGCUUCAUGGCACAGACCUGGAGAUUAAGAAAUACCUGGCCAUCUGCCUGUCCUGCGUGAAGGAAGAGAAAAGGCUGCUGGAGCAGAAAUUCAAAAGGACUGAGGAGGAUCUGACCAGGCAGCUGAGCUACACACAGCAGACCCUAGCAGAGAAGAGCAGGGAUCUGGACAGACUGCGCUCAGAAUGGACCACUCAGACAUCGGCCUUGUCAAACCAGCACUGUCAGGAGCUUACAUCGGAGCGCGAGAAGGCACUUGAGCUCCAGACUGCGCUGCAGCAGCAGAGUGAGCAGCUGCGCAGGGAGGUAGAGUCGGCUCACCUGCAGAACACACAGCAGCUGCAGAGCCGGCUGGCCGAGCUGGAGGCCUCCAGCAGGGAGCUGACCGAGAAGAAGUACAAGAACGACUCCACCAUCCGAGAGCUCAAGGCCAAGCUGGCCGGCCUGGAGGAGGAGGCUCACCGGGCCAAGCAGCAGGUGCUGUCCCUGCGCAGGGAGAACGGCACGCUGGACUCGGAGUGCCACGAGAAGGAGAGGCUGCUCAACCAGCUGCAGACCCGGGUGGCGGUCCUGGAGCAGGAGAUCAAAGACAAGGACCAGCUGGUGCGGAGCACCAAGGAGCUGCUGGAGGCCACUCAGCAGCAGAAGACCUCUGUUGAAGGGAGUGCGGAGAAUAAGCAAGUCCACAUAGGAAAACUUGAAGCCACAGUGAAAUCCCUGUCAGAGGAGCUCAUAAAGGCUAACGGCAUCAUCAAGAAGCUGCAGGGCGAGACCAAGGCGCUGGUGGGGAAGAUGAAGGUGAAGAACUCGGUGACGGUGUCUCAGGAGAAGGUUCUGCAGGAGACCUCCGAGCGCCUCCGCAGGGAGGAGAAGGAGCUGCAGGACACGCGCCAUCAGCUCCGCAAGAGGGAGGAGGAGGUGGCCAAACUGCAGGAGCAGCUGGAGGCCACAGUGCUGAAGCUGGACGAGAGCAGAGAGGUGUUAAAGACCAAUGAAAACGUGAUCACCUGGCUGAACAAGCAGCUGAACGAGAACCAGCUGACGAGGAAGCAGGAGGUGCUGGGAGCGUUUGAGACGCCUCCUGCUGCUCCCUCUGCCGUGCUCCGGAUGGGAACCUCCUCCCACAACGCGGCGCUUGAUAAUCGGUCCUUCCCCUCUGGUUUGGGACAGGGUUACCCCGUCACCUCCACUCUAAACUCCAAGCUUUCCUUCCCCCUGUCCUGUGUGAACUCGGCUGGCCGACCCGCCUUCACGUUGCACAACCAAGGCCCCGGACCCAAGGUCCAGUUUAACCCUAUGGGUGCCAAACCCGGCCUGUCCCCGGUGGAGGCGAGGGACGGGAGUCCGUCAGAAGCGCACCCGCGCACCUCCAACAAGGAGAACGGGGAGCCUCAGGGGCUGGAGUCCAAGUACUUCGAGAGACGAGAGGACAGCAUCCCCCUGCGUGGCCUUCUCCCAAACAUGCACUUCAGCAGAGAGAUGUCGAAGACGUCUCAGCCCCCGGCCAUACCCCCUGCCAGGCCUGGGCUGCACUCUGCCCCCUCCGCGUACUUCCCAGGCUGAGUCCGGAGCUCCAGAUGGGGCCUACUCCCCACAACCUCUCAACACCCGCCUGUCUGCUCAGGAACCGCCAACAAACGUCUCCGUCCACCGGUCUACCACCGUUCAAAACCACCGCCUGUCCUAUAAAUGUGUUUAAAGUAUGCAGUGUUUUAAAUUAUUAAACUAAUGUUUUUAAAAGUGA